GCCUUCAGGAGAACUUCAGGUUUAAACUUGUUAGCUCCAGAUGUGAUAAGAAGGCUUGAAAUUCAAGCUGAAAAAUCUUUUUAUAAGGGGUGCUGUGAUUGAACUUGAACAGAAAAACAUCAGUGUGUUGAUACAGGACAGACCAUUUGACAUGAGACGGUAAAUUACAAUGACUGUAGUUAACAUGGAAUGGACAAGCUAACCACAACCAAGAUUGUCAAAGUAGAGGGGGGAUCUGGGGGAUCUGGAAAAGAAAUCCAGAAGCAUACAGAAACUGUAACGACCACAAGACUGACAUCUUUACCCCCAAAGGGAAACAGCAGCUCUGUGAGUAGCCAACAGGUACUGACCUCCACAGUGAACAGCUCCAGCUCUGGAGGAGCUUCAGGAGGAGCUGUUCUGCUGGAGAAGAAGAUCAUCUCCCAGACAAGUGCUGAAGGGGGCGCUUCCAGAAGUUAUGUCAUAUCCUCCUCCUCAUCUGGAAGUUCAGCCAGUAGCAGUUCAGGAGCAGGAUCUGUGAUCGGUGGAUUUGACGGAAUAUCUCGUGAAAUCAGUGUAACCGGUCCGAUUAGUAGCUCUACGGUUAAAAGCUCUAGUUCUGUGGUUAAAAGCUCUAGCGGUGUCUCUACCUCCAUCACAACAGUUGGCAGUUCCUCAGCAACAGGUGAAGACCUUUCUUCAGGAUUUGGGUCCGGCUUGUCCUCUGAGUUUGUGUCUGGUUCUUCAGGCAGUUCUUUUAGUGUUUCUGGAGGUAGUAUGAACAUCUCCAGAAGUGGAGGAGGUGGUUCUGGCUCCUCUGCAGUCAUGCCUGCCGGAGGAGCUUCCAGCUCCAUGACUGUCACCAAGUUCAGCUCCUCGUCCCCUAGUGGAACAAGGAAAGGUUUGAGUUACAGCACAGUCCCUCCUGAGAGAAAGACCAGUCUGAACCCUUACACUGGAGGAUAUGAGGGGAGCUCCAGUGGCAAUUCUUCCCCUGAUUACAUAAAAAAAGAGUACGUUUCGACAAGCGUUGCCACCAGAGGGCGCACUCAGACGCGAGAGAGUGAGAUCAGAGCCAGAUUGCAGAGUGCUUCACCCUCCACUAGAUGGACAGAGCUGGAUGAUGUAAAGAGAUUAUUAAAGGGAAGUCGCUCCGGGAGCAUCAGUCCACCUCGUUCUCCCACCAACACUCUGCCUAUCCCGAAAAAAGCCAGCGUGGACACGCGCCACGAGAGCCAGUCAGGUUAUGAGGGCUCAGUCCUGGAUGCUGGAUUCAGCGGAUAUUACACCAACCCAAACAAUCUCAGUUACACCACACUGCAACAACCAUCAUCACCCACAGGUGGCAUGCAGAAUAAUCUGAGCCUCAGCUCAUCUGGCCUUGGUAGUGCAGUGUAUGGGAUGCAGAAUAACCUGUCAACAUCUGGCGGUGCUCUCAUGGCUAAUGGAAUGAGUGUUGGCCAUGUUGCAGUGUAUGCAGCACAGAAGAAUGUUGGCAGCACUGGAAUGGCCUCCAGUAUUUCUGCUGUUCCCAGCAGCCCUAUCACCUCUGAUGAUGUGUUUGUGAAAGAUGGCAAGUUUAUUGCGAUUGGAAAAGAAAAUGUAGCGGCUAAGAAAGAGACUGAGAGAUUGAUCAUGUCCAAAAAUACUGGCAAACAGUUCGUCACAUCCACCACUAGUGCUGGAGCAGAUACAUUUUCAGAAGAUUCACUCAAGAGGGAGAAAAAGAUGAUCUCGAGCAGCAUGGAAACCACCACUGCUUCCAAAGCCUCAACAAAAGACAAGGCAACCUAUGCAGAGAUCCGUAAAGAUGAGUCUGACGGCACAGGACUGGGACUCUGUUCCUGCUGCUCGUGGUGGAAGUGGCUUCUGGCAUCGAUUAUUGGUCUUCUCCUUCUGCUGGGACUCCUCUGUGGUCUCAUCGCACUGGGUGAGGAGGUCAGGAAGCUGAAGGCUCGAGUGGACGCUAUUGAUGGUGGAGGAAGCGCAGCCUCUGCUCGAACCAGUCGUUUGUCCUCCUCGGUGGUCAACAUUGUGGAUCCACUGGAAUCUUCAUACGCCGAGCGCAUCUCUGGUGUCCGUGCCGAUAACACUAUAAACCUGGGUUCAGCACCUACUGAACAAGACCCUGUGGUCCUGCAGAGGACCAUCCAACAGAUCCUCAGAUCUGAACUGCAGUCGGACACCAUUAGAGCUUCACUGGCAACGUCACUUAGGGGUGAGAGAGGAGAACCUGGGCCUAAAGGAGACCAAGGACCUCCUGGAGUUAAAGGUGACGCAGGAUUUCCUGGAAUUCCAGGUCCUCCUGGUCUCAUUGGUCACCCUGGACAGGAAGGUCCUCGAGGACCCAAAGGAAGUUCAGGUGAAUCAGGAACUGAUGGUUUACCUGGGCCGAGGGGGCGGGAGGGGCCAGCAGGUCCCAGAGGAGAACCAGGACCUCCAGGAAUUGGAGAGAAAGGAGAGAAAGGCUCAUCUGGAGAUGUUGGUGCACCUGGGCUAGCAGGACCACCAGGUCCCAUGGGACCAAAAGGUGACGCAGGUGCACAAGGCGUACCAGGGCUUACAGGAGCUCCUGGACCCCAAGGCUUCCGUGGAGAUUCUGGUGAUCCUGGACCCAAGGGUGAUAAAGGACCUGCUGGGCCACCUGGGGUCAAAGGUGAUCAAGGAGAGAGAGGCCCACGGGGUGCCACUGGUGAGCCGGGUCUGGUUGGACCAGCAGGGCCUCCUGGUGAGAAAGGUCUUAAAGGAUCCACAGGUGCUCCUGGGCCAGAUGGUGUUAAAGGAAUUCGAGGAGAUCAAGGUCCGAUUGGGUUGCCUGGAGCUCGGGGACCAUCAGGGCCUCCUGGAGACGCAGGAAUACCAGGUACACCAGGACUCCAAGGACCACCAGGUUUGCCAGGUUCCUCAGGCCAGCCGGGGCCCAAAGGUGAGCCCGGUGAGCCCGGAAGAGUCAUUUCUGCAGGCGCCAAUACUAACACUGUGGGAAUACCUGGACCACCUGGACCUCCUGGAACUCCAGGUCCUGCUGGACCACCUGGACUGUCAGGUCCUAUUGGUCCUGCUGGUCUUCCUGGUCCACCUGGUUCAAAGGGAGAUAAAGGAGACAAAGGAGAUGAUGGGAAGCCUGGAGUCUCUGAGAGUGCAGGGAAGGAAGCUGCUGCUGAACCUGGUCCUCCUGGCCCACCUGGUCCACCGGGACCACCCGGACCAUCUGGGCAACCAGGUGUUGGUCAACCUGGCCCUCCUGGUCCUCCUGGUGAAAAGGGUGAACCAGGAAGCUUUGUACCCACUUCAGAAACCUUCUUUGCUGGACCGCCUGGGCCUCCUGGACCCAUUGGACCCAUUGGACCAAAGGGAUCACAGGGUGAUAUUGGUCCUCAAGGAUUCCCUGGCCAACCUGGAUUACCUGGAGAACCUGGAAUCGGUAUUCCAGGACAGCCAGGUGGUCCAGGACCACGUGGAGAACAAGGACCUGAGGGUCCACAAGGACCACAGGGACAUCAAGGACCAAUGGGUCCCAUGGGGCCAGAAGGUCCAAAAGGUGAUGCUGGAGUCCCAGGGGCCCCUGGCAUUCCAGGUUAUUCCUACGGUGGAGGAUCCAGAAGCGCUCCAGGACCACCAGGUCCACCUGGACCCCCAGGGCCUCCUGGAGCACCUGGUUCCCCGAGUGGCGGCUCACCAGAUGUUGUUCAACAGAUUUCAGACUACCUCAGAAGUGAACCCAUCAGAGAAUACCUGGCUGGACCUCCAGGCCCACCUGGACCACCAGGACCUCCAGGAUCAUCCUCUGAGGAUACGCUGGCUAACCGUGUCAUUGAUUAUCUUCAAAGAGAUGAGGUGAGACAGUACCUGAUUGGUCCUCCAGGGCCCCCAGGACCCCCAGGUGUGCCAGGUGGAUAUGGCUUUAACACUCAGGAAGUUGCUGGUCGAGUGCUGAGCCUGAUGAACGAUGCUGCUUUCAGAGGUCUGCCAGGACCCCCGGGACCCCCAGGACCUCAAGGACCACCAGGAAGCGCUGGAGGAAUAGUGUCUUACGCAGUGAAUGAAAACCAACAGCAAAUCCGUGCAGAGCCUCAGGAGUUCAUCAAGAGUCACCCAAGCCCUGGCGAGAAUUUGGAUUACCAAGCCAUCGCUAAACAGGUUGCAGAGUACAUUAUAUCUAAUGGCCUGUUACGGGACCAAAAUGGUUUGAUACCGAUUGCAGGUCCAACAGGAGCACCAGGACCAAUGGGACCACGAGGACCAGCUGGAGCACCUGGAUCAAUUGGACCACCUGGAGCAGAUGGACGACAAGGUUUGCCAGGGUUCCCAGGACCACCUGGACCUCCAGGAAUCAUUCUAGCACCCAACAACAUGACUGAGAUCAUGGACUAUAUCAGAGAACACCAUAUGAUCGGACAACCAGGGCAGAAAGGGGAUCUGGGACCCAGAGGAGAGAGAGGUGACCCUGGUUUUCCUGGUGCACGUGGUCUAGUUGGUCCAGUUGGUCCCAGAGGUUCUCCUGGUAACCCUGGCCUCCCAGGCAACAAAGGAUCGAAAGGAGAAAAAGGACAGAAGGGGGAGGCUUCAUACGUCACUCGGAGGAGGAGGAGGAAUACAUUUUCAGAAGAUUCACUCAAGAGGGAGAAAAAGAUGAUCUCGAGCAGCAUGGAAACCACCACUGCUUCCAAAGCCUCAACAAAAGACAAGGCAACCUAUGCAGAGAUCCGUAAAGAUGAGUCUGACGGCACAGGACUGGGACUCUGUUCCUGCUGCUCGUGGUGGAAGUGGCUUCUGGCAUCGAUUAUUGGUCUUCUCCUUCUGCUGGGACUCCUCUGUGGUCUCAUCGCACUGGGUGAGGAGGUCAGGAAGCUGAAGGCUCGAGUGGACGCUAUUGAUGGUGGAGGAAGCGCAGCCUCUGCUCGAACCAGUCGUUUGUCCUCCUCGGUGGUCAACAUUGUGGAUCCACUGGAAUCUUCAUACGCCGAGCGCAUCUCUGGUGUCCGUGCCGAUAACGCUGUAAACCUGGGUUCAGCACCUACUGAACAAGACCCUGUGGUCCUGCAGAGGACCAUCCAACAGAUCCUCAGAUCUGAACUGCAGUCGGACACCGUUAGAGCUUCACUGGCAACUUCACUUAGGGGAGAGAGAGGAGAACCUGGGCCUAAAGGAGACCAAGGACCUCCUGGAGUUAAUGGUGAACCAGGAUUUCCUGGAAUUCCAGGUCCUCCUGGUCUCAUUGGUCACCCUGGACAGGAAGGUCCUCGAGGACCCAAAGGAAGUUCAGGUGAAUCAGGAACUGAUGGUUUACCUGGGCCGAGGGGGCGGGAGGGGCCAGCAGGUCCCCGAGGAGAACCAGGACCUCCAGGAAUUGGAGAGAAAGGAGAGAAAGGCUCAACUGGAGAUGUUGGUGCACCUGGGCUAGCAGGACCACCAGGUCCCAUGGGACCAAAAGGUGACGCAGGUGCACAAGGCGUACCAGGGCUUACAGGAGCUCCUGGACCCCAAGGCUUCCGUGGAGAUUCUGGUGAUCCUGGACCCAAGGGUGAUAAAGGACCUGCUGGGCCACCUGGGGUCAAAGGUGAUCAAGGAGAGAGAGGCCCACGGGGUGCCACUGGUGAGCCGGGUCUGGUUGGACCAGCAGGGCCUCCUGGUGAGAAAGGUCUUAAAGGAUCCACAGGUGAACCCAUCAGAGAAUACCUGGCUGGACCUCCAGGCCCACCUGGACCACCAGGACCUCCAGGAUCAUCCUCUGAGGAUACGCUGGCUAACCGUGUCAUUGAUUAUCUUCAAAGAGAUGAGGUGAGACAGUACCUGAUUGGUCCUCCAGGGCCCCCAGGACCCCCAGGUGUGCCAGGUGGAUAUGGCUUUAACACUCAGGAAGUUGCUGGUCGAGUGCUGAGCCUGAUGAACGAUGCUGCUUUCAGAGGUCUGCCAGGACCCCCGGGACCCCCAGGACCUCAAGGACCACCAGGAAGCGCUGGAGGAAUAGUGUCUUACGCAUUGAAUGAAAACCAACAGCAAAUCCGUGCAGAGCCUCAGGAGUUCAUCAAGAGUCACCCAAGCCCUGAAGAGAAUUUGGAUCACCAAGCCAUCGCUAAACAGGUUGCAGAGUACAUCAUAUCUAAUGGCCUGUUACGGGACCAAAGUGGUUUGAUAUCGAUUCCAGGUCCAACAGGACCAGUGGGACCACGAGGACCACCUGGACCAUCUGGACUACCUGGAUCAAUUGGACCACCUGGAGCAGAUGGACGACAAGGUUUGCCAGGGUUCCCAGGACCACCUGGACCUCCAGGAAUCAUUCUUGCACCCAACAACAUGACUGAGAUCAUGGACUAUAUCAAAGAACACCAUAUGAUCGGACAACCAGGGCAGAAAGGGGAUCUGGGACUCAGAGGAGAGAGAGGUGCUCCUGGUUUUCCUGGUGCACGUGGUCCAGCUGGUCCAGGUGGUCCAGUUGGUCCAAUUGGUGCCAGAGGUUUUCCUGGUAACUCUGGCCUCCCAGGCAACAAAGGAUCGAAAGGAGAAAAAGGAGAGAAGGGGGAGGCUUCAUACGUCACUCGGAGGAGGAGGAGGAGCACAGGAAUUUAGACAGACAGCAGUGUGUUUGUCUUUACCAGCUAAUGCUUUAAAAACGACAUAUUUUAAUUUAGUCUUUUCUAUUUUUUUUUUUUUUUGACAAUGAUUUGUUACCAAAAUAUAAAUAUAUUCACACUGAAUUAACAGACCAAAUUUAAAUGUACUACUACAGUUUUUAAAGAAAACAAAAAAUGUGAGUGCAUGACUGCAAAAUAGGAUUUAACGUAAUCUGGGGAUACUGAUGUUUAAAAUUAGCUUUUUUUUGUCAUUUGAUGUGCUAAAAAUGCUUUUAUUAUUACAGACUUUCAAUAGCAUCAAGAGCAGCUUGACUUUUAAACUGAGAAAUAAAGACGAAGAUCUCGUA